GGUUAAAGCUAUAGUAUGUUGUGAUGGUUGUAGUCAAACUUGACAUUCUUUAGAGACAUAAGACUCUAAGAGUACUUCAAACUGGACUUGUUUACCCAUGUUUAAAAAUUGAAUGUUUCUCAUAAUCAUACUCACUUCAUAGAAGUAGUUCAUACAGAUACAGUAGUAGAAUAUUGCAUGUUCAAUUUGGGUCCAAAUUCAAACUCUAGUCCUUUAGAGCUUGUACUUCAGGAAACAUAAACAUUGGACGGGACCUUUAAAUUUUGCAACUUAGGCACUCUCUUUGGACUUAUUUUGUUCAAUUUGUCGCCGUUCAGUUCAGCCCAGUUCAAUUUCUCGUCGUUUUGUUCAGUUUCUGUUUUUCCCAAUUCAAAUAAAACGGAGCCUUAAAUUAUUAUCAUAUCAUACGAAGUAUAACUUACUACUAGCACUUAAUUUCUGCUAGUAGUACUUACCAAGUGAGAAGGUGGAAGGUAAACUAGGCAGACCAGACGUGAUAUUUUCUGGCAGUGACAGUACUUUAACGGGAAACUAAUAAAUUGAGUGAACUGUAAAAGCCUGAAAGAGAGAUGGGGAGGUUGUUGAGCUUUGAUUACAGAAUGCGACAUUCAACUACGCAAUUAUUAUAGAUCUUCCUAAGCUGUUGAGAUUUUUCACAUUCAAGUUACCAAGGAAGACGCAAUCUAGGAAAGAUAGUCUGUACUAGUAUCAUUUAUGUGUGCCAAAUCUUCCCCUUCACCAUCGAGUUCAUUCAUAAUAGUGAUUUAGAUGUCUCAUUUUCGAAUUUGUCAUCACUUUUUGAUAUAUCUUUGUUCACGUAGUUCAUAAUUGAGUCUAUAUUUGUACAAUUAUUCAGUAAUGUCUUUUUUAUUAUGGGAAGUUUUUUGGUAUCGUCGUUUUAUAAUUCAUAGUUUAGUAGUUUAUCGGUUUCAAAUUGUCAAUGCAUAUUUUUAUUCAUUAAUAUCUCUAAUACCUUGUAGGUAAAAAAUAUAAAAAGUUGAUAUUUUGAAUGUAUAUGUUGAGACAAAUUUAACAAGAUAUCAAAUGACUACUAUAUUUUUCUUUAUGUUAAACAAGAGUAUUUGAUUUGUGAAUAGUACAAAAGUCAAACCGUGUCAAGUAAUGUAGAAAGUAUUUCUUUUGAUCGAUUGAUUAAUACAUAAUAAUGAGGUUCCGCUACAUUAGCUCUCAACUUGCACUCAUACUUGAAGUAGUUAUAUUCAAUGAAAACUCUAUUUGGCUAAAUUUUACUUCUAAGUAGCUAAACAUAAGAUGAAGUUGUAGACUCUAAUAAAACGCAAAAUUACAUUAGCGCUUCCAUUGUACUCAUUUGAUUAAAAAAAAUAUAGCUAAUUCAAAAUUUAGUCAAAUAGUCGCACUCAUUCUUAAAUUAUCAAUUUAUCACAUAAGAGAUACCCUAGAUACUAGAGUAAGUGUGAGGUGGCUCAUUCAAUUCACCGCGCAGAAAGUUAGUUAUACACUUAUACCUAUCUUUUAGCACAAUGCCCAUUAUGUGGCACAUCUCCUUCCAACCUACCUUUCAUCCAACCUCUUUUUAAAAACUAACUUCAACACAUUCACAUUCACAUUUACACUUGAAAAUUCCCAUCUUUUUUUUUUACAUCCUUUUCAAAUACAUCAAUGGAUCCCUACAAAUUCCUAAAAAUAUCUCCAAACCCAGAUGGAACCAUCACUAGACUUACCCCAACCAUCUUAGUACCCACUACUGAACAAGAACAACAACAACAACAACAACAAGAUGAUAAUAACAACAUUGUAUCUCAAAAUCCUCGGAUAAUUUCUAAGGAUGUACCCCUUAAUCCGAGCAAGAAAACCUUUGUGCGUAUUUUCCGACCUGCAGAAGUACCUUCAAGUUCAAGUAACAAGCUUCCAGUUAUUAUCUACUAUCAUGGAGGUGGUUUUGUGUUUUACUCUGCUGGUACAGUGUUCUUCCAUGAGUCAUGUAAUCGCAUGUCUGAAGCCAUUCCUGCUGUUGUUAUCUCUGUUGAUUAUCGCUUGGCGCCGGAGUAUCGGCUGCCUGCUGCUUAUGAUGAUGCCAUUGAGGCUAUCUUGUGGGUGCGAGACCAAGCUUUGAGUUGUGCUAAUGGUGGUGGUGGUGGUGAUCCUUGGUUGAGAGAGUGUGCUGAUUUUGGUCGUUGUUUUCUUAUGGGUAGUAGCUCUGGUGGCAAUAUUACUUACCAUGCAGGAUUACGUGCAUUAGAUGAUGAUCUAACACCAAUGAAAAUCCAAGGGCUAAUAAUAAAUCAAGCCUAUUUUGGAGGAAUAGAUAGGACAGAUUCAGAAUUAAGGCUGAUUGAGGAUAAAAUCGUCCCAUUACCAGCUAAUGAUGUGAUGUGGUCACUUGCCCUGCCCGUAGGUGCUGACCGUAACCAUGAAUUCUGCAAUCCAAUGGCUCAGAACACCCACAGUGAGAAGAUCGGACGGUUGCCAAGGUGUCUAAUUAAUGGCUAUGGAGGGGACCCACUUGUGGAUAGACAGAAGGAAUUUACUAAGAUGCUGGAGUCACGUGGAGUGCACGUGGUGUCUUGUUUUGAUGAAGGUGGUUUUCAUGCUGUGGAGUUAUUUGAGCCUCCAAGAGCUCAAGCUUUGGUUGAUAAAAUUAAGGAAUUUAUUGGGUCCACUUCUCCAAGAUCCACAAUUUAGGAUUUACAAAAAUUUAGCAUGAUUUUAUAGCUUAUUACUCUUUUAUUUUAAUAUUAAUCUUGAUGUUAUUAUUUAAAAAUCACUUGGUCUAAAUACUCUAUGAAAUUUAAAUGAAGCAUUUUUAUGCAUUA